UCCGCCUCAUCUUUGGCGCGGAUUGAUGAACAAAGGAAAGUUGAUGAACUACAACAUUUUGUACAACGUUUGUGAUUGAUUAUGACAGAAGAUAGAAUAUUGCAGAGUUGAUACAUGUUAGACUAAACAGUGAAAAGGAUAAACAGAAUAUUUGCUGGAAUACUACACUUCUUAUUCCUGUAAUUGGUCAACGGUUAUGGAUCUACGCAAUAUACAUUUAUAUGAGAAGAGCAUUCUGUACUAGUAUCUACCUGGGUUAGGGCCAAAGAGAAGAAAUAUAAAGAAUAAUAUUUGAUUAAAACUUGUCAAUGCCACUUAUUUCAUAUUGAUUAUGGAGUCCCGCCAUGAAACAUCAUCAAGAAAAAGAAGAUAUUGCACCAUUUGUCAGCAAGACUUUAGUGACAGAUAUUUCAGGAGACACACUUGUGAAGAGAAGGCCGAAAAUAUAUCUCAACCGACUCAGUCUAAAUGUGAUGAACCUAUUUUGUUGCCAGCAUCUGAACCAGAAAUGGAAAAUUUUGAAAAUCAGAUGGAAGAAUCAGACAUGGAGGAGGAAUUCCUUAUGGGACAUUUAUCAUCAAGUUCAUCUGACAGUACCAGUGAAGAGGAGGUUCUAGAUACUGAGUUAUUUAAUGAGUUUUAUUUAGAUAACAUUGAACACAGAGAAAAUGAAAGUGAAAAGCAAUCUGUAGAUAUACAGGGGGGAUAUCAAAAUUAUGUCAUCGCAGUGUUGAAAAUCUUGCUUGUGUGGCAAGUUGUGCACUAUGUUUCUGAUGCAGCAUUUUCAGUUUUGUUGUUUUUAUUAAGAUCUUUGUUUUACGUUUUUUCAUUUUCAUCUGAUUUAGCUAAAUCUUUUUACCAAAGUUUCCCAGUUACAAUGUACCAAUUACACAAAUAUAUUUCAUUUGAAAAAGACGAUUUUGAAAAAUAUGUCGUGUGUCCAAAAUGUCAUUGUUUGUAUGAAUUUCAAGAUUGUUGUCAUUUGGUUGAGGGCAUACAAACUUCAAAAUUGUGUUCAAAUGUUGUGAUGCCAAAUCAUGUAAUGAGUCAUUAUAGGAGACCAUGUGGUGAAUUAUUAUUGAAGUCAAUUAAUGUUGGAGGAAAAAAGAAAUUGAUUGCUAGAAAAACAUAUUGUUAUAAAAGUUUGAAAUUGUCUUUGCAAAGAUUAGUUAAUAGAAAAGAUUUUGAAGAAACUUGUGAACUUUGGCGUUUUAGAGAAGUGCCCCAUGAUGUUUUCAAUGAUGUUUAUGAUGGGGAGAUAUGGCAGAAAUUUAAUGGCUUAGAGUAUAAUUUUUUUACUUCUGAAAGAAAUUAUGGUGUAAUGAUGAAUGUUGAUUGGUUCCAACCAUUUAAGUACUCAAAUUAUUCAAUAGGUGCAAUUUAUCUAACCAUUUUGAAUUUGCCAAGAGAGGAGAGGUUUAAAAAGAAAAACAUGAUACUUGUAGGUUUAAUUCCAGAUAUGAAAUCAGAACCUCCAACAAAUUCUUUCAUAGAACCUCUUGUUGAAGAAUUACGGGAAGCAUGGCAUGGAUUUAGUUUGAAAAGUUAUAAGUCAAAAACACCUGUUAUUUUCAAACUUGUCUUAUUAUGUGUGGGAUGUGAUAUUCCUGCAAGUAGAAAACUUUGUGGUUUUUUGGGUCAUGGGGCAACAAGAGGUUGUAACAAGUGUAUGAAACAGUUUGAAGGGGGUAUAGGCGAGAAGAGUUACGCCGGUUUCAAUUUUUCAGAAUGGGAAAUGAGAGAUGCAAAGUCUCAUAGAGAUAUUGUACGCAAGAUUGUUAAGUCAAAGACUAAAGGUAAACGAGAAAACUUAGAAAAAUUUUAUGGUGUUAGAUAUUCUGUAUUAUUAGAGCUAGAUUACUUUGACCCCAUUAGAAUGACUAUUAUAGAUCCUAUGCACAACUUAUUUUUGGGAACAGCAAAACGUGUCUUGAACUUGUGGAUUGAUUAUAAAGUUUUGUCAGCUGAUGAUUUAAAACAAAUGCAAGCUAGAGUAGAGAAGGUACAUUGUCCAUCUGAUAUUGGGAAACUUCCUCAAAAGUUUGCCAGCAGUUUUGGUUCCUUUAAUGCUGACCAAUGGAAAAAUUGGACAGUCUUAUUUUCAAUCUAUGUUUUAAAAGAUAUUCUUCCAGUGGAUCAUUUAGACUAUUGGAGGAAAUUUGUUCUUGCUUGCAAAAUACUGUGUACAAGAAGUUUGACUAAAAACAAUGUUAAGGUGGCACACCUACUCUUAUUGUCAUUUUGUGAAAAAAUAGAAAAAGCUUUUGAUGGUAAAGGUCUUACCAUGAACAUGCAUUUACAUGCACACUUACAAAGGUGUAUUUUUGAUUUUGGACCGGUGUACUCAUUUUGGUUAUUUAGUUUUGAAAGAGAAAAUGGCAUUCUUGGAUCAUUUCCAACCAAUAAAAGAUGUAUAGAAAUGCAGUUGAUGCGAAAGUUUGAAAAAAGUAUGCAUGUUUUUGAUAUUUCUUAUAACGAAAAUGUAAAUGAUGACUUCGGUCCAGAUUUUUUGAAAAUGUUAUCAUUGUAUGAUGAAAAAGACAGGGGUUCUUUGCAACAGAUGAAAAGUGCUUCAAAAUUUUUUGAUUAUAUGAAAAUGUCAUCAAGGCACACACGCUAUGAUGUAUGGGACUGGACAUUUGAUACAGAUAAAUGUUUGUCAUUUUCUUCCACAAAAAACUGUACGUUAAGUGAAAAAGAGACUGAAUACCUUCAACAGAUGUACUUAAAAUUAUAUCCAAAUGUGCCACAUAGUUCAAUGGUUUAUGCGGUAUCGUUGUAUGAGAAAACUCCGCCUCCUAUCACUCUUGACCAAUCCUAG